UGUGUCUGUGUUGGGAAUCUCACCUAUAGCAACAGUUUGCUCCAUAAACCUGUGUGAGUGCAAAUACGUAACAAUGCUAUAAAUAUCAAAGCUGUAAUUACAGCCCCAGGACCCCCAAACAAGUUAUCAUGAGAUUUCUUCAGCAACAUCUGCUGCUGCUGAUGUCAGUCCUGUCACUGAAUCAGGUGGCAACAGCACAAAUGGCUCCCGGAGUUUUCUAUCCGUUUGACUCAGUCGCUGGAAAUACUGUUGAGGAUGAAAACUCCAGUUAUGUUGGCCUGUCGCGUCCAUUUGUUUUCUUUGGCCGCAUGUACCACCAGCUCUAUGUGAAUAAUGACGGGCAUCUUUCAUUCAUCCAGCCGUCAUUAGAGUUUAUUCCGUACACUCCACCCAGCAACAGAGGUGAAGAUAUCAUCGCUCCUCUCUGGACUGACAUUGACAUCAGUCAGAAUGGUGUCAUCUCAUAUCAACAGUACACAGAAGGAGUUGUGCUCGCAAAAGCCACUCAGGACAUAAACCUUUAUUUCCCUGAUCUCAGUUUCAACGCAACGUGGGUGUUUGUGGCCACUUGGGACCGAGUCGCAUACUUUUAUCACACCGGCACUGAAUCCUCGUUUCAAGUGGUUUUAAUUUCAGACGGUAAUUUGUCUUUUGUUCUCAUGAAUUACGGAGACAUUGCCGUGACACCAAAUAUAGUGCAGGCUGGUUAUGACACAGUAAACUCUGCACGGUAUUUUGUCAUUCCUGACUCAAGCGAUGGAAGCUCCAUUCCGAGCCUAAAGAACUCCAGUAAUGUGAAUGUUCCAGGUCGGUGGGUCUUCAGGGUGGAGAGUGAAGAAGAAACUGUCGUUGGACUUCAAAUGAGAGUCACCUCAUAUUCAGAUCUGACAGAGAGCGGAAAUAUUGCAUUCAUUUUGGAGAAACUGAAACAGGAGCUGGUUGAUCGAGGUCUUCCAAACAGCGUGGAGCUGAAUUUAAGAAGGGUGGAAAAGACAACACCGUAAUGUUAGAAGGGUCAAUUUUUUGACGUAUAAUUUCAGUUUUAUGGCAGUUCUGUUUCAAUCAUUAUUUGCUGUCAAGAAAUACAUCAAAUGUUGCUUUAACAUGCAAUUUAUCACGUUCAUCGUUCAUUUGAAGACAAGCAUCUGCUGAUAAGGAAUGUUGCUCUGCUGGAAGGGAAAUAUUCACGUUUUUUUCUGUCUUUAGUUCCCCUUCGGUGUCUCACGAAAUCCACACAAACACGAUCAUGUGGUAGUGUAACUUGUCCUCUGUGUGCUACAGUAAGUUAGAGACGUGACAAUGAGCACCUCUCAUACCACACAACUCACAUUAUGACAUUUGAUCUGAUCUCAUGUGAAGUUAUUUGAAAAAUCUGUUAUCUAAUUUAUGAAAUAACUAAACAAACCUGUUGCUCCUGUUUAAUUCCUGUUAAUACAACUAUACUGUAUUUUAUACACAAAUACCUGCGUGUUCACUAUGCCCUUGAAACCCAUGGAGAGAAUUUAAAUAUAUAGAUUUGAAAACUUUAAAACAUUUUUGUAAAAAAAUUUUUUCUUAUAGACAAUGUAAUGAGGCAUAAGACCACAUAAACUAAAUAACAUUGCUGGAUUACAUUAUGUUGGGGAAACUAUGUAAUUGGUAAAGUGACAGAUAUAUUAAAUAUAUUAGCACCAAAGCUUGAUUUUAUUUGUUAUUCUGUCUGGUAACAUUACUGUGGCAACAAACAUCAGACGAUGUAAUUGAGCAUCUCAAGUAACCUGAGCCUUGUGUGUUGAUUAUUCAGGAAAUGCUGAAAUCGAUGUACAAACUAAAACAAAUAAAUACAAAGAUAGUAAAAGCAGUAUUUUUUACUCUGU